AUGGCCCGGGAGAACGGGGACGGUGGAGGCUCAUGGAAGAAGCAGGCGGAGGACAUCAAGAAGAUCUUCGAGUUCAAGGAGACGCUGGGAACGGGUGCAUUCUCUGAAGUUGUUUUGGCUGAAGAGAGAGCGAGUGGGAAACUGUUUGCAGUCAAGUGCAUUCCCAAGAAGGCAUUGAAAGGGAAGGAAAGCAGCAUAGAGAAUGAAAUUGCAGUCCUGAAAAAGAUCAAGCAUGAAAAUAUAGUUGCCCUGGAAGACAUCUACGAGAGUCCGAAUCAUUUAUAUCUGGUCAUGCAAUUAGUGUCUGGGGGAGAGCUUUUUGACCGCAUUGUUGAGAAAGGGUUCUACACCGAGAAGGACGCCAGCACCCUGAUCCGGCAGGUCCUGGAUGCUGUCUACUACCUGCACCGAAUGGGAAUCGUGCACAGGGACCUCAAGCCUGAGAACUUGCUUUACUACAGUCAGGAUGAAGAGUCAAAAAUCAUGAUCAGUGACUUUGGACUGUCAAAGAUGGAGGGUAAAGGAGAUGUGAUGUCCACAGCCUGCGGGACUCCUGGCUAUGUUGCUCCUGAAGUGCUGGCCCAGAAACCCUACAGCAAAGCAGUGGACUGCUGGUCCAUCGGGGUCAUUGCGUACAUCCUGCUCUGUGGGUAUCCCCCUUUCUAUGAUGAAAAUGACUCUAAACUCUUUGAGCAGAUCCUUAAGGCAGAGUAUGAGUUUGACUCUCCGUAUUGGGAUGACAUCUCCGAGUCAGCUAAAGACUUCAUACGGAAUUUGAUGGAGAAGGACCCUAAUAAAAGAUACACCUGUGAGCAAGCAGCACGGCACCCUUGGAUCGCUGGUGAUACAGCACUCAACAAAAACAUCCAUGAGUCUGUCAGUGCUCAGAUUCGGAAGAACUUUGCAAAAAGCAAAUGGAGACAAGCGUUUAAUGCAACAGCAGUGGUACGGCACAUGAGGCGGUUACACCUCGGCAGCAGCCUGGACAGUGCCAGCGCCAGCGUCUCCGGCACCCUCAGCCUUGCUGCACCGCUUCCCGAUGCAGCCACACGGAAAGAUUGUAUGUCUCCAUCAACUCUGUGUAGUUUUGUUUCAUCUGCUUCUUCAGGCGUUUCUGCAGUAGGAGGGGACCGGAGACCCAGACCCACCACAGUGACCACAGUGCACACAGGGAGCAAGUGA